AUGAAGUCACUGGUAAUCUCGAAAGUCUUCAGUCCACUUGAAGAUGUCCAUCAUCAUCACUCUCAUACGUCAUGGUCAAAGUUGAGUAUCCAGCAUAGUCACCCUAAAGAAGACCAACGUUUGGACGCUAACUUUACUCACUGGAUCAUCUUCAUAGCCAAUGAUAAUUUGAAUCAGAUCAUUCAAGGUCAAAAAGAUACACCUUUAAACGAUCAUGGAAUCUCUCAAGCAAAACUCACUGGAACUUAUUUAAAACAAACUUCCAUCACAUUUGAUGAAAUCUGGAGUAGCGAUUUACAAAGAGCUCACAAGACUGCGACGGUGAUUGCUGAAUCGCAACCUAAACCGAUCAAUGUUCAAACCGAUGUCAGAUUACGGGAGCGUUUCCUAGGUGAUCUACAAGGAAAAAGACGAGACGCAAAUGCAGAUCAAUCAACAGCAGAACCUCCAACAAAAGUUUUGCAACGGUUACUAGAGUUCUGGAAUGAAUUAACAUCACGUUUAGAAAGCACACCUUCAAGAAACCCACGUCGGAUCUUGAUUGUCUCACAUGGUGCAGCACUUCGAACUUUAAUUCAAUCAGGAUUAAAGUUGUCCUACAAAUUUGAUUCAUCUAUUCCUGAACGUAUCAUGUUUGGAAAUUGUUCAAUCACUGAUGUUGAACAUUUACCGAGGAAAUUGGUCACUAGAGCUGGUCAUGUGAAGCAUUUGGAUCCAGUUGAAUCUAAGGAGACUGAAGUAAAGGGUACAGUGGAUGAUAUUUGA